UUUUUUUUUCUAUCUUCCUUUUGUUCUCGCCUUUUUUUUUUUUUAACUCGCUGUCUCUCGCUUUCUUCGUUUGUAUUUCAUUCUUCCUGCUGUGGAGAAGACGAGACGAUUGGUUGACACCAGUGUUGAGUACAGAUAAACUUUUGUACCCGGGUUAGCACACUCAAUCACAGCAGGAGUAAGGCGCAUGUCACUGCCACCUGACAAAGCCUUGACGGUGAGUGUAUCCGACUAAACUGUAGUAGAGAUAAAACUAGGUGAAAAUAAUAGUUUUAGAUAAAGCUAGGAGAUUAGAUUAGAAAAAGAUAAAGAAACUAGAUACGAUAACAAUGAAGAGACUGGAUUAGUUAAAGAGGAGGAAACUAGGUUAGACAGUACUAACCUUGUUUUCAAGAAAGUGAGAAAACAAAAGAAGAAAAGAUAUUUUGCAAAGAACUGGCGGUAACUGCCUUUCACCUGUAUAAGUCGUAGGAGGCGUUUUGCCUCUGUAGUUACAAAGAUUAGUUAUGAUUAGAAAUCAUACCCGCGGGUAUCGUGUUGUAUUAACUUACAUUCUUUGCAACUGCUUGGUAACUACGACUCCAGGGGCACAGCAGCCUCUACAGUCUGAAAGAUGCUUCGCACCUGCAAAGACUAUAGCCUUCCCUUUGAAGGACAACGGGAGUGCAACAUUUUUUCUUUAUAAUCGGGUGGAGUUCAUUUUAAAAUAGACAGGCACCAGGGUGUCACUCGAGGGAAAACAUUAAGAGCAACCUCCAUGUUCUAAUAUAAGACACUUUUCGUUGAAACCUGCAACUUGACUCUGACAUAAAAUACCCCGGGUAUAUAUAUAUCCGACAUGUUAGAGAUUCAGAAGUCGUCCCCCAAGACGACAGUCAGAAAAAAAUGUCCUAAGUCACGCAUACCGAGACCUUGAUGUAGGUAACACAUGAUCACGCCUGCAGAAAACACAUUAAAAGCGGCUGCAAAUCCCUGCAGCGAAGUAUUUCACGGUAGGCUCAAGGCAUGACAUUGAUAUCAUCCCUCCCCAACCCCAUUUCUUACCUGCAAGUUUCAUUUGCUGGCCUCAGUGACAUCACACGAGGAGGGUCACUCAUUCCAAUCUUUCUGAGCGAGGUGGGCUUCGGAACAGAGCCUUACUGGUUCGAGGUUGACAGACAGGAGAAGCUGAGAGGUUAUCAGGAGCACGGCAUGAUAGAUCACCUAUCGAGUGAAAAAAGAGAAUCGGGUCAGAGGUCAGGACGACUAGGGCGGGCACGCCUUGUGCUGCAGACAUCACCACCAUGGAAGCCAGCUACAAAUCAAAUUUCAGCAACACUACAGACAUCACCACCAUGAAAGCAAGCAGCAAAUCAAAUGUCAGCAACGCCAAUAGUGACGUGUACAGCAAGAUCGACAACUGGAACAGAGGCAGUGCCAGAAGUCUGCAGGAAAGUGUGGAGUUGUCGUCAUUAGGUUCUCAGCACAGGAGAGAUAAUCCUGUAACCUUUGACACUUGGUCGUCAGCGAACGACUACAGCCAGUCUGCAAGUAAAAGACGAGUUUGUUGCAAACAGAAGUCGACGGUCGUGCUGGUGAUGUUGAUAUUGAUAAUCGUCGGUGCUAUUUCAGGAGGCAUUGCCUACAAUGAGUUAAAGAAUCGUUCUACGUCUACAGCUCCAGGUGAAGGACAAAAAUACUGGGUCAGCAGAGGUCGCGUCACCACGUUGGUGAAUGACUCCUUCCUUCCUGCAAUGGCAACAGCUCUUCCACCGAAUUCAAGGAAUUCAACAAGAAACUGUGUUACAGUGUUUACAAAAUUUUAGCUGGGAACGACAGUGUGGUCUUCCGCGGCUGUGCCCUACUUGAUCUCAGAGAAGGUAGCAUCAUCGCAAAUUUCACUUUGGACCUCCGUACCACUUUCGACACUUCUAAAGCAAGCGGUGAGUGGCUCAGGAGCCACUUGCAGCAGUCUGGGGUCCAGGAGGGACAGUCUGUUAAAUGGUUAAAUCUGCGAAUUCUGAAAUCUUCAAUUGUGGUUACACCCUUAAUCUCAGGUGAGGUUGAUGUUCCGACUUCAGAUCCAGAUAAUGAAACAGAUGGCUGUGGACAGGCUGCAUAUCUACAUCUGCCAUACACCUACCCACUGUACUGUGACGAAUAUAAGGCAUGCAAUGGCACGGUGAUCGAGUAUUUAAAAUGUCCUCAAGGCCAAGAAUUUUCUUACAACCCAGCGACCACAAACAGCUCUGUGUGUGGUUUGCGAUCAAAUUCUACGUACUGUGGUGGACAAAUGAUAAAAGAUAUCACCACAACGACUGAGGCCCGGAUGACAGGUACAGUGACAGUGAACAGGACGGCAAACGCCACGACAAUGGAUGUUAUGACAACAGAAGCGAUGAAUGUAAGCAAAACGACUGCGACUGGAGCUACAGACGUGUCAACGCAGAAUGCGACGACAGCUGCAAUGAUAACGAACACUGUAAGGACUGGAAUCACAGACCCGUCUAUGCAGAAUGCGACGACAGCUGCGGUUAUUGUUACUACAGCUGCAGAGGUUGUAAACAGGACGGCGGUGACCGGAACAACAGACGUGUCUACACAGAAUGCAACGACAGCUGCCACGAUGAUGAACAGUUCGACAGUGACUGGAACCGCUGACACGUCUACACAGCAUGUGACCACAGCUGCGGUGAUUGUGAACGGUACAACUGUGACUGGAACGAUAGCUGUGACCUCACAGAGUGUUACUGCAACUGAAAUAAAGGAGAACGUACCGACAGUGGUUGGAACGACAGCUGCGACUACACAGAACGUUACGACAGCUGGAAUGGCAAUGAACAGUACGACAAUGGCUGGAACGACAGCUGCGACGACACAAAACGUCACGACAGCUGGAAUGGCAAUGAACAGUACAGCAAUGACUGUACCGGCAGCUGUGACGACACAAAACGUUACGACAGCUGGAAUGGAAAUGAACAGUACGACAAUGGCUGGAACGACAGCUGUGACGACACAAAACGUGACGGCAGCUGCAAUGAGUGUGAAUGGGACAACUGUGAUUGGGAAUACGAUUGCGGAUACACAGACUGUAACUGCUACAGCGACUGCAAGCAAUCCAACAGUGACUGAAACAACAGACGCAGCUACAGUGGCUGCAGUCACAAAAGCACGUGUGACAAUGGAACCGAUUUGAAAAGGUACAACAGCGAUCAGAACCACAGAUGCGUCUGAACAGGAUAUGACGACAGCUGCAGCGAUUGUAAACGGCACAAUAGCAUCAAAAACCGCCAAUGCAUCUACACAGAACGUUACGACGGUUGCAGCGAUGUGGAACAGUACUGCAGUGACUGCAACCUCCAGUCUACACAGAACAGUUGAGAGAAGGUAACUCAUCAUCAAACAGUUCCAGAGUUAUCUGCCGAUCGUACCCAACUUUGGUGUUUAUUUUGACACAAUGGGUGCUGGGUAUCUGCUUUAUCACACUGCCUUCUAUUAUUAUCGGAGACUGUCCUUAACCAAGGUCCAAACACCGAUACAUCGGGGUACAACUAUAUAGCUGACUACAGAAGUGACUCGUCUUUCCCUUGCUGUGCUUUGAUGUUCUGAAUGCAUAACAUAAAUGUGUUUAAAGUGUAUGUCACCGAUUGAAAUUCCUGGAAACAUAUGAACGACAAUCUUGAAAAGUAAUUACCUAUGUGUGAUAUGAUAUUAUUUAACGAUAUGUAUGUGUGUGUGUGUGUGUGUGUUGAUGUGUUUGGCGAUGAUCAAGUCAAAGGCAGCACAAACACCUUUACCUGUGAAUCACGUGUUCAGUCGACGAUAAGGCAGCUGUCAACCAAUGUGAAGACUAUAUUCUAAGUGCAGUGACACCAGCGCAUGUGUUUGUUGACAUGUCACUCACAUUGUGUACUCACCGAGCAAAUGGUGAUAAUCUCCAGUCUACGGUUUGCAAUAAAUUGCGGAUGUAUUUCAGUCAAUACAGUCGCCCCGCAGUAUUCGUGGGUUUCACUUUCAUGAUUUUGAUUAUUCACGAGUUUAUCUUCAAUAAUUAAAUAAUUAAAUAAUUUUUCUCAUUUUUCUCACAGAUUUGUAGUCUAAUGUGGUAGAUUGUACAUGUAAAGAAAACUAAAAAAUACAGUAAGUCAUAAAAUAUAUGUAUUACUAAUGUAUUAUUUACUUCAUAAAUAUAUGCUUGUAUGCGUUUGAAUAUGGUUGAGAGUAUUAAUCGUUAUGGUUUGUUUUUUUUUUUUUUUUGAAUUGUCGGAGCCUAGAGUUAUUCGCGAAUUUUCCCCCUUUGUAGGGGUCCUAGGCCAUCGAAUACUGGGGGCUGACGGUAAUUAACUAUCCUUUAAUAUUUAAAUAUAAAUAUUUUAUUAAAUAAAAAUAAUAAUUGGUGAAAA